GGUUGUGUCUGCAUUCGUCCUCGGGUCUCUCCGGACUCAACGAGGUGCGGGCUCGACUUGCACACUGCCGGCCGGGAAGCGAUCUGAAAAUUCCCCCCACGGGCGGGCGAGGAUAAAUACGCGCGGCUUGUCAUUCGGCGCAGCGCGCCCUCUCCCAGCUGAUAGGGUGACGUUCGGCGUGGAGGCGCAGAGAUUGGCUUUUUGAUUUGGCUUCUUGCUGCAGCUCAGUGGGCAACGCUCUCGGCUCUCCCAGAAACCAGCCCCUCCGCGCGUCCCCUCCGUGCGCGGCGAGGCCGAGACGUCGCUCGCGGUGACGGCGUGCGAGGAGGGGAGCCGGCGCUCUCCCAGCCCCGGGAAACCCCGGCGACGCGACUGCAAGCCGGGGUCCCUCGGAGCCACCGGUCCGCGCCGGCUGCCCGCCUUCCUGCCCCUCCCGGCAGGGAUCCCCCGCAGCCGGCGGCCGGGACUCCGGGCCUCUCCCGGGCUGAAUCCGGAGCCCGGGGUCGGGGGUUCCCGGGGGUCCUGGGCGGUUUUCCCUGCUCCUGAAAUCGGCGCCGAGGGCCCCCUCCCCACGGGCCCCGCCCCGGCCCCGGCCCUCGCGCUCCAGAUGCGCUGCCCCGCAGCCCCCUGAAAGCUGCGAGCCCACGAGCCGCGGCCAGCGGGCGGCGGACUGACAUGCCCCGGACGCGGCUGCGGCCGGCGGGCAGCCCGCGGGGGCGAUGAGCGGCGGCGGCCGGUGAGGAGCCCGGCGGAGGGGGCUUCGCACGCCUUCCUCGCCCCUGCGUUUGUCCGCUCCGCUCGGGAGACCGGGAAGAAACGAAACGCAGGCCGCAGCUGGGAGCAAGGCGUGGGGCUCCUGGGUGGUCAGGAAACACCCAAGAGGAGGGAGUUGGGGGUGGGUGAGAGGAGCUCAGCUGGCCUACUGCUGGGGCACCGAGAGGGAAGCCUGGGGCCCUGGCGACCUGGUGACUUACAGCCCCAUGUGAUUAAUCUCCCACAGCUGUCGUGCCCCAUCCACUUGAUCCGAGCUCUUGUUUACCUCGAUUUUCAAAUAUAGCUGCUGCGCCAUGCUCCUCCUGAAAUAGGGGUCAGUUCACUCGGUCUGGGCACCUGGCCUCUCGCUGGCCCUUCCUUCCGCCUGCCGCACUGGAUCCCAGUUGGAGAGGAACUUGUCCCUUCAUGACUUGCAGCUCUUCAAAUGAGGAUGGUCUCUGGCCUGUCAGGAGGACCGUUGGUGCUGCAGUGGAAGCCAGUGGCUAAGUCUCAUGUAUGGCGUGGUUAAGGUUGCAGCCUCUCACCUCUGCCUUCCUCCAUUUUGGGCUGAUAACUUUUGUGCUCUUCCUGAAUGGUCUUCGGGCAGAGACUGGAGGCUCAGGGGAUGUGCCCAGCACAGGGCAGAACAAUGAGUCCUGUCGGGAGUCAUCAGACUGCAAGGAGGGUGUCAUCUUACCAAUCUGGUACCCAGAGAACCCUUCACUUGGGGAUAAGAUUGCCAGGGUCAUUGUCUAUUUUGUGGCUCUGAUAUACAUGUUCCUUGGGGUAUCCAUCAUCGCUGACCGCUUCAUGGCAUCUAUUGAAGUCAUUACUUCUCAAGAGAAAGAGGUAACUAUCAAAAAGCCCAACGGAGAGACCAGCACAACAAUGAUUCGGGUAUGGAAUGAAACUGUCUCCAACCUGACCCUUAUGGCUCUGGGUUCCUCUGCUCCUGAGAUCCUCCUCUCUUUAAUUGAGGUGUGUGGUCACGGGUUCAUUGCUGGUGAUCUGGGACCUUCUACCAUCGUGGGCAGUGCAGCCUUCAACAUGUUCAUCAUCAUUGCCAUCUGUGUGUAUGUUGUCCCCGAUGGAGAGACUCGUAAGAUCAAGCACCUGCGAGUGUUCUUUGUCACUGCUGCUUGGAGCAUCUUUGCCUAUAUCUGGCUCUAUAUGAUCCUGGCAGUCUUCUCUCCUGGUGUGGUCCAGGUUUGGGAAGGCCUCCUCACUCUCUUCUUUUUCCCAGUGUGUGUUGUUCUGGCCUGGAUGGCAGAUAAGAGACUGCUCUUCUACAAAUACAUGCACAAAAAGUACCGCACAGAUAAACACCGAGGAAUUAUCAUAGAGACAGCAGGUGGCCACUCCAAGAGCAUUGAGAUGGAUGGGAAAAUGAUGAAUUCCCACUUUCUAGAUGGGAAUCUUGUGCCACCAGAAGGGAAGGAAGUGGAUGAGUCCCGCAGGGAGAUGAUCCGGAUUCUCAAGGAUCUGAAGCAAAAACAUCCAGAGAAGGAGUUAGAUCAGCUGGUAGAGAUGGCCAAUUACUAUGCUCUUUCCCAUCAACAGAAGAGCCGCGCCUUCUACCGGAUUCAAGCCAUCCGUAUGAUGAUUGGUGCAGGCAAUAUCCUGCGGAAACAUGCUGCAGAACAAGCCAAGAAAUCCGCUGCUAUGAGUGAGGUGCACGCUGAUCAGCCUGAGGACUUUGUCUCCAAGGUCUUCUUUGACCCAUGCUCUUACCAGUGCCUGGAGAACUGUGGGGCGAUACUCCUGACAGUGGUGAGGAAAGGGGGGGACACAUCCAAGACCAUGUAUGUGGACUACAAAACAGAGGAUGGUUCUGCCAAUGCAGGGGCUGACUAUGAGUUCACAGAGGGCACCCUGGUUCUGAAGCCAGGAGAGACCCAGAAGGAGUUCUCUGUGGGCAUCAUUGAUGAUGACAUUUUUGAGGAGGACGAAUACUUCUUUGUGAGGUUGAGCAAUGUCCGCAUAGAGAAUGAGCAGCCAGAGGAAGGGAUGGCUCCAACAAUGCAGAAUAGUGUUUCCUUGCCUUCCAGGGCUGUCCUGGUGUCCCCUUGUGUGGCCAAAGUUACUAUCUUGGAUGAUGACCAUGCAGGCAUCUUCACUUUUGAAUGUGACACUAUUCGUAUCAGUGAGAGUAUUGGUGUCAUGGAGGUCAAGGUUCUGCGGACAUCUGGUGCCAAGGGCACAGUCAUCGUUCCCUUUAGGACAGUGGAAGGGACAGCCAGGGGUGGUGGUGAGGAUUUUGAAGACAUAUAUGGGGAGUUGGAGUUCAAGAAUAAUGAAACUGUCAAAACAAUUCCCAUCAAGCUAAUUGAUGGUGAGGCAUAUGAGAAAAACAAGAAUUACUUCAUUGAGAUGAUGGGCCCCCGCAUGGUGGAUAUGAGUUUUCAGAAAGCGCUCCUGUUGUCUCCAGAGGUGACAGACAGGAAGCUGACUGUGGAGGAAGAGGAAGCCAAGAGGAUAGCAGAAAUGGGAAAGCCAGUAUUGGGUAAACACCCCAAACUAGAGGUCAUCAUUGAAGAGUCCUAUGAGUUCAAGAAAACGGUGGACAAACUGAUCAAGAAGACAAAUAUGGCCUUGGUCGUGGGGACCCAUUCCUGGAGGGACCAAUUCAUGGAGGCCAUCACCGUCAGUGCAGCAGGGGACGAGGACGAGGAUGAGUCCGGCGAGGAGAAGCUGCCGUCCUGCUUUGACUACGUCAUGCACUUCCUGACGGUCUUCUGGAAGGUGCUGUUUGCCUGCGUGCCCCCCACGGAGUACUGCAGUGGCUGGGCCUGCUUCUUCGUCUCCAUCCUCAUCAUCGGUGUGCUCACGGCCAUCAUCGGGGACCUGGCCUCCCACUUUGGCUGCACCAUCGGCCUCAAGGACUCGGUCACAGCUGUUGUUUUCGUGGCGUUUGGCACCUCUGUGCCAGAUACCUUCGCCAGCAAAGCCUCCGCCAUGCAUGACAUGUACGCAGACGCCUCCAUCGGCAACGUCACCGGCAGCAACGCCGUCAACGUCUUCCUGGGCCUUGGCCUGGCCUGGUCCGUGGCCGCCAUCUACUGGGCCAUGCAGGGAGAGGAGUUCCGCGUGUCUGCGGGCACGCUGGCCUUCUUCGUCACCCUCUUCACCAUCUUCGCAUUCGUCUGCAUCAGCGUGCUCCUGUACCGCAGGCGGCCCCACCUGGGCGGGGAGCUGGGCGGCCCCCGGGGCUGCAGGCUGGCCACGACGGGGCUCUUUGUGAGCCUGUGGCUCCUCUACAUACUCUUUGCCACGCUGGAGGCCUACUGUUACAUCAAGGGGUUCUGAGCCACAGACACGGCCUCCAGCAGGGCAGGCCUAGGACUUCUCCUGAGAGAAGGGCACUUCCCCCCAGAGACCUCCCCGGGGUGAGCAGCCCUGGAGAGGCGGCUUCAGGACCCGAGCCCCAGGGACUUCACCCGACCUCCACCUGGCGGUGAUCUGAAAGGGCAGUCUUCAUCAACCAGACAGAACGGGAGAAACACCGACACUACCAAGUAUUUAAUUCAGUACAAACCAACAGCAGCAACACAUCCACCUCCACCCAUCUCCCCCGACCCCCGUCCCUGACCGGUAGCCAAGGUCAGAUCCUCUCACCAUCUUCUCUUUCACCUUCUGAUCACUCCUGUGCUUCUACUAUCAUCAGGGCAGGGUUCCUCCUGUCUGUCCAAUCCCAUGCACCACUGUCCUCACUCACCUGGCGGGCAUGGAAAUAAGUCUCAGCCGUGUGGGGCUGGUUUGGGGCUCUCUCUUCAUUGGAAUCAUUAUGGUGGCUGCUUUCCUUUUCCCGUCAGGUUUUGCUCGUCGUUAGUUCAUUUUGUCUUUUCUUUCUGAUGUUAGUGACAAAGGUGCUGUGGAGGGACCCAAGGGUUGAGCCGAUGGGCAGAGGCAUGAAUUGUCAGACACCGGCUCUCCCACUCUCAGCAGGUGACAGCUGUGUCUCAGCCCCAUCGAGGUCCUGUCCCCCAUCUCCUGUUCGUCUCUGGGUGGAAGUGAUCUUGCACACCUACGCGGGGCACCAAAGAUCCGGGUGGUGGCAGGAGCAGGGGGCGUUUCCUCUGCUGAUGUCCAAGUUUAAAAGAAGCAGUCAUCAUUCUCUUCCUUGCCCAGGCCUUUCAAAUUCUGUCUCGUGCUGUCCAUGUCUGUAUGUCCUUUCUUCUGCAGGAGGGCCCACCCAACGGGAGAAAAGGGACAAAAAUAGGAGUGGUGUGGGAUGACAGAGGGCAGCUGAGGACACAAAGUGGGUGUUCACCUUCUUGAGUAUCUUUGGCUUUGUAUCUGAGCCAGGAGACUCGAGAUGUCCCACAAGGGAGAUGCUUAACGGGAAAGAUAUUUAAAAUGCCAGGGCUUCUGAGAAAGGUCAGUUUCACCCCCGCCCCUCACUGUCCGAGGCACCGUACUAAGAGGUCUGACUGUAUUUCUUGAGGAAAUGCGAAAAUGUAGAGGUUUAUAAGAAGACAAGGGGCCCCUUUCACCUCUCCUAGACCCCGAGGCCACCUUUGAAAGCGUUUCACAAGAUAGGAACUGGAAUUCCUCGCCGUUUCCCACAGUCCUGCUUGGUUUAAAACCUCCCAAAGCUCUCCUUUCAGCCUGUGGGCUACUUCUCGUCCCAGUAGGAGGAAUCUUAGUUGCCAUAAUCCCACGGAGCCCGAGUUUAUAGAAAAAGAGAUUGCCCUGCCCUCUAGAGCUUCUCCCAGCAAACUUUGAAAGGACCUGGCUUUAAACACACACACACACACACACACGAGAUCACAAAACUGCCCACAGAUCUUCAAGCUUUCUGCAUUGACAUAAAUACAUUUUUAAGGGGAAAAAUAUUAAAAAACCUGUUUAAUUUUAAACACAUUUUUUAAGAAAAAGAAAUAACUAAAAAGAAACAGUGCUCAUGUCAUAAGCUAUGUUGCCAGUUGCCAGUGGAAAUGUUGGGUUGGUUUAAAAAAAAAUAAAAGCUAUACUUAUAUCUCUCUGCA